GUCACACAAAUCUUUGGUUGUCAUUCCCCGAGCCCACCGGUGUGCUUGUCGAGCAUCGGAUGAUUUCGCGAGGGCGGUGCCAAGUCGGAGGAAAUCGUGUCGUGGACUGACCGGCUCCUGAGAAAACCGAAGAGGAUCUCACCGGUUGUUGCAUCUUCUUCAUCAGCGCUGUUGCUUUUCACACCCACAAGCCCCUGGUUUAGCUAGCUCAUUUGCUAACCAACGUUAGCCGUUUAUACCAACCAGCUCAUAAAACAACUGUUAACUAUUUUUUUUAUGUCCCGAAUUCCAGAAAUAUCUGUUAAUUAUUCGAAACGGAAAAUUAACCACAUGAUGGAGACUGAGAUACACGUGCCUGUUGGGUCGCCGGUAAUUCGAAAAUUCCCGAUUUUCGUGGAGGAAAAUAAUGUAACGGAUGGAGCAAUGAAGUUGAUAAAGCAGCUUCGGCCAGCGUGGGACAUGAACCAUGUCAAGACCAAGCUCUUCACUGAUGGGACCACUAAUAAGCUGGUUGGUUGUUAUGUGGAGGCGAGUCCAGAAGACGUGGUUCUGGUACGUGUGUAUGGGAACAAGACGGAGCUGAUUGUCGACCGAGACAACGAGCUCAAGAGCUUCCAGGUGCUGCAUGCUAACGGCUGCGCGCCGCGGCUCUACUGCACCUUCCAGAAUGGCCUUUGCUAUGAGUUUAUGCAGGGGGACGCCCUCGGAACACAGGACGUCAGGGAUCCAACCAUACUCAGACUGAUAUCCAGGGAGAUGGCUCAUAUCCAUGCGAUCCAUGCACACAACGGCUGCAUCCCCAAACCCAAUCUGUGGAUUAAGAUGAGGAAAUAUUUCUCUCUGGUCGCUACAGAGUUCACCGACCAAGCCUCCAACACCAGGAUCCAGCAGGAGGUGCCCAGCCAGGCGGUGUUGGAGCAGGAGAUGGUGUGGAUGAAGGAGCACUUGUCAAAGCUGGGCUCUCCUGUGGUGCUCUGUCACAACGACCUGCUCUGCAAGAACAUCAUCCACAACAGCAAAGAGGGCCAUGUCCGGUUCAUAGACUAUGAAUACUCUAGUUACAACUAUCAGGCCUUUGACAUUGGGAACCACUUCAACGAGUUUGCAGGUAUGAGUGAGCUGGACUAUGGGCUGUAUCCUAGCCGUGAGAUGCAGCUGGAGUGGCUGCGUGUGUAUCUGCACGCGUACAAGGCGUCCACUAAGAAAGGAGAGGAGGUCAGCGACAGAGAGCUCGAGACUCUCUACGUACAGGUCAACAAGUUUGCCCUGGCGUCACACUUCUUCUGGGGCUUCUGGGCACUCAUCCAGGCCAAGUACUCCUCCAUAAAUUUUGACUUCCUGGGCUAUGCUGUGCUGCGUUUCAACCAAUACUUCAAGACCAAGCCUGCAGCGAUGGCCCUACAGAUCCCAGAAUGAGAGGGGAAUACAAGAGAAGAGAGGUUCACCGGCACUGACCAGGGGAGCAGACCCACUUUGAGCAGGAGAGGACUGGGAUGGGUGACGAGGGUUGGGGUUCAUGUUUAGGGCUGUGUAUGUGGUUAAGGCAGCGGUGUCAAACUCAUUCCAUUGAGAGCCUAGUGUAUGCUGGUUUUUGGUUUUUCCUUUCAAUAAAGCCCUAGACAACCA